UUUAUAAAACCCCAACAUGAAAACCCUAACUCGUCUUUGUUGAUUUCUUCCCAAGAGCCGCUCUGCUUCUCGGACCACACACCUUCUCAACCUAACUACAAUGGGUUCGGCUCUGUUGUCUUGUUUUCACUUCAAAAUCUUCAUUUCUCAUGCAUCAAAGAAGUAAAAGGAAGGAACACAAGAAACCAAACAAAUCAUAUUCACAUCAUUGGGGGAAUAGAACUAAGAGAACGAAGAAGGCCGGAAUUGUCGGGAAAUACGGUACCCGAUAUGGUGCCAGUUUGAGGAAGCAAAUUAAGAAGAUGGAGGUCAGUCAACACAGCAAGUACUUCUGCGAGUUCUGUGGAAAGUAUGCAGUGAAGAGAAAGGCUGUUGGAAUCUGGGGCUGCAAGGAUUGCGGGAAAGUCAAAGCCGGGGGUGCUUAUACUUUGAACACUGCUAGCGCUGUGACGGUGAGGAGUACCAUUAGAAGGUUGAGGGAGCAAACUGAGAGCUGAGCCAAUAACAUUAGCAUACCAACUUUCGUAGGAUGUUUUUGCAUGUUUUAUCUAAACGUAUUGAAAUCUUUUUUUUUUGACAAUGAUGUUAUUUUAUAUCAGAAUCUGGUGUUGAAACUUUAUAUGAGAUAUUGAGUUGUUGGUUUCUUCA